GGGAGGGGGUAGUAAUAGAAAUUAGAUCUCUUUCCUUUCCCGUAUCUUGCGUAGAAUAUGUCGGGAGCUGGAACCCCUUCUGAGGGGCCUCUGGUGCAACUUCAAGAGCAAACACCUGUCAAGAAUACUGAGGACUUACACGAAAACAGUAUUACCAUUUCGCCUGGAGAUAGUGAAGCCACCAGUAAAGGUUUGAAUGAAGGUUCCGUAUCGUGCUCGGUAGCCGAGCAGAAGGAGUGUGCAAUGAGCAUGUCCCGAAGCGUUCCGAGGAUGGAUGAUAGCAUAUCGAAGCUCGACGAAUCAGGAGACGAGGAGGAUAAGGUCGCCACCAGAGAUAACGUUAGCGAAGUCCCACAAGAGGUUUUGGUAUCAAUUAAUGAGGUGAAAAAUAUUGUUCUCCAAAUAUUAAGUCCGUAUUUCGAUGACGAUGGGGGUGGUGAUGAUCCCAUCCCCUCCCACGUGAUCGACGAAAAAGCUCCAGGGGCGGGGGGCGAUGAUAUCCGCGAUGAAGGCGCCGCAAACGAGUCUACCCAUGUCGAGUCCGGCCUCGUGGACGACGAUUACUACAAUGACACCGCUCAGCGAUAUGACCACAACAAAUCCCUGGCAUGGACCCAGCUGAUAUGUGAUGGGAUCAUGAAGAAGCUGAUUUUGAUGGAUAAACCGUUCAAAUAUGUAGUACAUUGUAUGAUCAUGCGCAAGACUGGGGCUGGUAUACAUGUAUGUUCUAGCAAUUUCUAUGGUCCGAUCGAUGGCUGUUUGAGUCAUUCUCAUGAUCUCAAUCCACACAUAUACGCGGCAAUAACCGUUUACUGGAGCGGGAUAUAAUAUAGAUCUAGCAAUGUGUACAUGUUCCCCUAUGAAUGGCAGUAGAUAUUGUCCUUGAGUAUAAGCUUACUCUUUUUUUCAAACAUUUUCUUAGAGAGCUUCCUCCCCUUUUCUCUUCCCUUUUCGUACUGCUCAUUUAAUCCUUUACACAUGUGCGUUUUUUGUUUUCAUAUUUCCUCCAUUUGAUGUAGAUAUCGCUAUGUUUGUGAGUAUAGUAUCACGACCACAAAGAUAGCAAAUUGUUGUAGUUUCUGAAAUUACUAUUGCCGGCAUAUUAGAUUUGAACGAGUACGAGAAUAUAGAGAAUAUCAUUUUUUUUCUAUUUUCUGUCUAUCCCAACGAAUAAGAAAUAAGGGGAUCUGUCCAAUACCAUUUCUUAUGAAGUUUCUUCUCGAAUAAGUUCUAAAUUUAAUCCUUGGAGGAUAUAGAUUAACGGGUGUAUAUAAUAGACUUUCCCCUUUUCUUUACUGCGCCUUGAUUCGGUGCCCCAACGCCACGUUUACUUCCCUAUCUUCCUUUCAGAGGUGGUGGCAUCGUUUAUUACACUCUCAGUCUGUGCAAAAAAAAAUUUCGAACGGGACCCCUGAUCUA